UGAAUGGCAGGUGGGCGGAUGGGCCGGAGAGGACUGUUAAACAUGGCCGAUAUAGACAGCCUUUCCCAAGCAUGAAAGUCUGCUCAUUCUGUGGGUUAGGUUGGUCCCUGAAAGGACUGAGGCUUAGAGGCCAGAUCUUCCAGCUCCCCAAAUUGGCCCUUCGGGGAGCUGCCUGGUCUGUAGUACAGGAAGGGGAAGGGGCCAAAGAAGGCGUGGCAGGAAGGAGGGAACUGUGGUCAGGGAACUGUUCGUGGGUACAGCUGUGCAGCUCUGUCUUAGCGCGUGAUCACCAGCCCCCAGCGCUGCAGCCCCCGCCCAGGAUGAUCCCAGCGGUGAUCUUGUUCUUGCUCCUUUUGGUGGAAGAAGCAGCUGCCCUAGGAGAGCCGCAGCUCUGCUAUAUCCUGGACGCCAUCCUGUUUUUGUAUGGUAUUGUCCUUACCCUGCUCUACUGUCGACUCAAGAUCCAGGUCCGAAAGGCAGACAUAGCCAGCCGUGAGAAAUCAGAUGCUGUCUACACGGGCCUGAACACCCGGAACCAGGAGACAUAUGAGACUCUGAAACAUGAGAAACCACCCCAAUAGCUUUACAACACGUGUUGUCAGCUGCAUUCCUUUUCCGCUUUUAAUUCUCUCCUCGCCCUCAUGAUUGACGUGGCUGUGCUUCUGGAACUAGCUGACCUUAUUCCCAGAACCAUGCUAGGCUCUAAAUCAAUGUCCCCAUAUCCACCAAAGACUUACUCACUGACGUUUCUCUUCUCCCAUCCUCCUUUGCUUCAUUCCUCUUUCCUUCCCUGAUCCCCUGUGCUCACUAAACAAUGGGAAGGGAUUACCCCCCAAUAAAGCUGCCAGAGAUCACGCUCAA